CACCUUCUGAACACUACGACGCUCUACGACGCGAUGGAUCCUCUAAUACCUAUUGAUGAAGCCAUGGUACACGAUAUUCGCUCAACCAUUCGACACUGUACCGAGCGCGGCCUCCUUGCUUCAGCGAAAUGGUCAGUUGGCUAUCGGAGAUGUUCAUGUCGAUUCCAUCUGCAAAGCGAACACAUAAUCGACCCCCACCGCCGCCUGUUGAUGAUCUGGAGCAAACAGAGCAGGACCACAUUGCUUCAGCAAGACAGUCGAUGAGUGACAAGCAGUUUCAGCGCGCUGCUUACAUUGUACGAGACUGCAGGAGCGAUAAGGCUCGGUAUUAUAACUUGUAUUGUCAGUAUAUAAGCCAAGAAAGGCUAGCUCUGGACGAGUGGUACAGGCUCAGCGAUAAGAAGGAGCAGCCUACGUUGCCUGUGAACAACGAGAUACCCGUAUUACUUGAAGACGUCGCGCACUCAACGGAGCCUUGGCUCAUGUUCAUUGAGGCAUUAUUUCUCUCCCGAAUGUCACGUAAAGAGGAGGCAAUAAUGACGCUGUUGAAUGUUGUCGCGAACAAACCUUGGAUAUGGGCUGCCUGGUGUCUUUUGGGAGAUUGUAUCGAUUCCGAAAAAGAGUAUAAUGAUGUCUUGGCUCGGAUGACACUACCACCAAAUCACCCCGUGGUUUACAUGUUUCGGGUGAAGAUGCUCAAUGACCUCCACUUGGCCUCAAUGCAAGUCCAAAUAUGCGACCACCUCCUCAGUCUCGAUUUUUUCCCGGCAAGCUUAUGGGUAAUGUCUAUGAAAAGCCGUGGAUAUGCUUGCCUAUCAAGCGUCACCUUUUACGGCCCGAUGGUCAUUGCCAAGGUCCUGAAUUCAUCAGAGUAUAGGGAUGCACAGGCGCAGUUCGAGCGUAUCCUUUCCCUAGAACCCGACCGACUUGAAGACAUCGACUUCUUCUCUGACAUUCUUUAUGUGAUGGACAACAAGGAGAAGCUCUCAUUUUAUGCUCAAAAGUUUCAGGAAAAGGACAAGAAUCGGCCGGAGGUGUGUUGCUUCAUUGGCAAUGCGUAUUCGAUCCGUACAGAGCAUGAGAAUGCAGUUAAGUAUUUCCGGCGCGCUACCUACCUGGAUCGGACUUAUUAUCACGCGUGGACGUCAAUGGGCCAUGAGUAUCUCGUGAUGGGUAAUACUCAUGCUGCGAUCGAGGCAUAUCGCCGGACAUUAGAUAUCACCAAGAAGGACUAUCGCGCUUGGGCCGGGAUGGGACAGGCAUACAGAGUGCUGGGUAUGUAUAACUAUUCUCUAUAUUAUUAUGAACGAGCUUCAGCGUUGAGGCCUAAUGAUGUGACGAUAUGGGAUGGGCUAGGGUCCUGCUACGAAGACACGGAAAGAAUCCAGGAGGCUAUCUCCGCCUACAGCCGUGCACUCAAGAUUGGCAUCAACCAGUCCCUCCCAGGCAUAAACUGGAAGCUCGGCUCUAUAUUUCGUUCCAUGGAUGUCUGGCUUGCUGCGGAACAGCAUUUCCGGGCAGUGGUUCAGAUUGGUGAGGCAGCGGAAGGUCGUCUGAACAAUUCAGAGCCCUAUUUGGGGUCCUUGUUGGCCUUGUCGGAGCGUAAUAUUCGUUUUACUUCUGGAAAUUUGGCUGAGGCGAAGGAGUAUCUGGAGCGAGUGGCGGAGAGUCAUACAGAGUUGGCGGGCAGGGCUGCUACGAUGCUGAAAGCUGUAAGAACGAAACUGGCCGUCCAGAAAGUGAAAACGUAGGUUACAGCGACUAUCCUGUUCUCUCUAUACCUUUUCUCGUGGCCAACAUUAAGUGACGGACCUCUUAUUUACCUUAGCUUGUAUAUACGGAGCGGAGUUGAUCAAUCUUUCAACUACUCACCCUGAAAGUACCGUUAACGACAGAAUGCC